AUGGGCUUCGCCCUCCCCAGCCCCAGCUGCCUGGGAACAAAAAUCUUCCCUGUGGGCAUCGAGUGUCUUCUCCAGAACGACCAGUGCAUAUCGCGUGUCACCUCAUACAGUCUCCGGAGUUCUUACAGCCCCGCCGUGAGCCUGGCCCAGUCACUAUGGGCCCUCUUCACGUCUUCCCUGGCCAUCUCCCUGGUGUUUGCUGUCAUCCCCUUAUGUCGAGACGUGAAGGUGCUGGCCUCUGUCAUGGCGCUGGCGGGCCUAGCCAUGGGCUGCAUCGACACCGUGGCCAACAUGCAGCUGGUGAGGAUCUACCAGAAGGACUCGGCCAUCUUCCUCCAGGUUCUCCAUUUCUUUGUGGGCUUCGGCGCUCUGCUGAGCCCCCUGAUUGCCGACCCCUUCCUGUCUGAGGCCGGCUGCUUGCCUGCCAAUGGCACGGCCAACAGCAGCUCCGGCAGUCACCUCUUCCAUGCGUCCAGGGUCCUGGGCCAGCACCACGCUCAGGCAUGGCGGUGGUCCAACCAGUCGCUCUCCAGGCUGCCUCCACAGGAGGGAACAGGGACCCGCGUGUCGUAUGCCUUCUGGAUCAUGGCCCUGAUCAAUCUCCCAGUGCCCAUGGCCGUGCUGUUUCUGCUGUCCAAAGAGCGGCUGCUGGCCUGCUGUCCUCAGAGGAGACCCCUGCUGCUGUCUGCAGAUGAGCUCGCCCUGGAGACACAACCUCCUGAGAAGGAAGAUGCCUCCUCCCUGCCCCCAAAGUUUCAGCCACACCCAGACCAUGAGGACCUGUUCAGCUGCUGCCAGAGGAAGAACUUCAAAGGGGCCCCUUAUUCAUUCUUCGCCAUCCACAUCACAGCAGCCCUGGUCCUGUUCAUGACCGACGGGAUGACGGGGGAGUAUUCAGCCUUUGUGUACAGCUAUGCAGUGGAGAAACCGCUCUCUGUGGGGCACAAGGUGGCUGGUUACCUCCCCAGCCUCUUCUGGGGCUUCAUCACCCUGGGUCGGCUCAUCUCCAUUCCCAUCUCCUCCAAAGUGAAGCCAGCCACCAUGGUUUUCAUCAAUGUGGUCGGCGUGGUGAUGACGUUCCUGGUGCUUCUCGUUUUCUCCUACAACGUCGCCUUCCUGUUCGUGGGGACAGCCAGCCUGGGCCUGUUCCUCAGCAGCACCUUCCCCAGCAUGCUAGCCUACACGGAGGACAUUCUGCAGUACAAAGGCUGUGCGACCACGGUGCUGGUGACGGGGGCAGGAAUUGGCGAGAUGGUCCUCCAGAUGCUGGUUGGUUCGGAUGCACCCUGGACUCUCAUCAGUUCCUACCCAGGACAAAGCCCUAGGAAUGGAAAGCUCAGAGUGCUACCAGAGGUAAAGCUGGGUGAAGGGGGCCGGCGAAGACCGCCAGGCUCUUGGGCUCCAGCACAGACCCAAGUGUUCGAGACAAUCGGGGGAGGCAGUGGAGGCCCAUCUCUCCACGCCUUGGCUCGGAUCUUCUCCGCUAAUCCUUGGUUGGGUAGAUGAGAUUAAAUUGACUUCUGGAAACCUGGAUCCUCCCGGGGCAAAUCAUUAGAAGUUUACUGGAUGGAUAUUCAAGUUCCCUUCCUCUUCCCUGGUUUGGAUCUUUGGUCAGAGCUGUCCAGGACACCCAGAAGGGAAGGAAGAAGACAGCCGUACACUUCACUCCAUUGGCCACCUCUUGCAUGGACCACACCCUGCCUGGGUUUGAAGAUCACUUUUAGUUGGAGUUUGGAAGAAUGAGUUGAAAUUGUAAAGUUCAAUGAUCAUGGCUAGAUGUAGAUAUAUUUUGAAUUGGCCAAAAACAAACCCCAAGUUAUUCCCUGGCAUGCUCAAAGGAUGUAUGUGCUUUUUACUUUUUGAGAGUCCAAAGUCCCUCAAAUUCCAGUUGUUGCCAGCGGUAGUUCAUUUAACGUCUAAAACAUGAAAAGGAAAGGUUGCAUCUUGCUACCUUUGGGACACUAAUUCACUGGUGUGCUGGGCUAGCUCAGACUCGCUUAUAAAAGCCGAUGGUUAAAAUUUCAUUUCGAGAGCUGGUUGUUAAACACAGCCAUCAUUCAAAAUGGAAUUAUAGAAACUUACAAUUAAUUACAUUAAAAACAAAGGUCAUAACCACUCAAAACUCAUCACUUCCUUGAGGUUUUUUAUGUGUAUUGUAUCCGUAGAGUGGAAAGGUGUGCUCCUGAGCAUCUCUUUCCAACAGCACUUUCCCCGAUAAUGUGUUUGGUGGCUGGAGAUCAGCCACCUGGGAGCAUUCACCCCACAGAAACCGGCAAAGGCUAUCCUCCUGGCUUUUCUUCUCCCCCUGCCCCCGCCCCCAGAGCCCAUUGUUAAACAUCCACCUGCAUACCACUGCUGAUAACCAAUGCUAACUGGCCAGAAGUUUCUGGGAGAAUGGGAUAAAGAUUCCGUUUUUCUUGACUGACAUUGACUGCGCUUAUAAAAGGUGUAGAAACAGCACUAAGAAUUUCUCCAAAAUAGCUAAUUUAAACUUUCCAUCUUUUAUAGAGGGAAAAAAGCUCUUUAUACCAUGUCAAGUUGUUUCCUUUAACAAAAAGCUGGGACUGCCGAGCGAUCCAAACAGUGCAGCAUACUGCCGGCCCAGAGCGAAUCCUCUAGUAACACAGACGGAAUCCCCAGCCGGCCGCUUGGAAGGCGUUAAGAGCACUGAGGCGUCCAUAAGUAGUGAAAUGGCUAUCACCGUGAGUGUACAUUCGUUUACCUGCAGAUUCUCUGUGUAGGUACGAACGUACAGGUAUGAACAGGGAGAAUGGAUCCACGUUCUCAGCAAUGGGCAUAAGCGGUGUGCCCCACACGGACGGGGGUCUCCCACAUCUGAGCGUUGGUCCCGUCUGCCGGCACCCUGUGUGCUGAUGGGACCCCGGCGGGAGCGAGCUUGGUGGGAGCGCUGGCCUCCCCCUCUAGCCGUGUGUGGCCCUGGGCAGAGAGAUCACGGAUGCUCUUCCGGCCUGGCUUCUUUUUUUUUUUUUUUUUUUUUAAUCUAAGUGACAUUUCUAAAAGCACGUACCCUACCUCAAAAGACUUCUGAAAGAAUGAAGUGACUUUGUUUGAAGCAACAAUUAUAUGCCUGACAGAGAAACAGCGUAAUCAAUGUUAGCAAUUUUUAUUUUUAAAACCUCCUCAUUAGCAGCUUCGAAAUUGUUCAUAUGUUUGGUACAUAUUUAUCGUAAGUCAAACAGAUCCAAAUUCUUUUUGAAAGCUGAUGGUCUUAGGGGUGUCGUUUUAACUCCAUCUGUAAAUACUCACAAGUAUUUGAUGGCUGUCAGACUUAAAUGUGCAAUCUCACUGCUGGAGGGAGUGACUGACCUGGACAAAAAAGAAAGCAGUUGUAUUUUUCUUGUGGUUUAAAAAAAACAAAAACAAAAAACCUUCCUUUUUAUACAAAUUUAGAAAGAAGAAUCAUUGGCUUUACCUAAGGUGUCAUGAUUAAGAAUAUAGAAAACAAGAUUGAAACGAAUCUAAGUGUAUCUUUCCUGAAAUAAAAUAUUUUAAAUUUAA